UUUGGAAAAAUAAGGAUAGGAAUAUAUUGUCGAAAUAAUUUUAAACUAUUCAAAGUUUUUUUUUUAUAAUUUCAAGUUUCGUGUAUACAGUGUUAAAAUAAGUUGGUAUUAUAUUAUAAAUUUUAUACGGAAGUAGCACGUGUGUUAAAGUAGUGAGCGCAGUAGAGGGUGCGCAGUAAAGCAGCCGAGCCUUAUAAAGGGAUGGGGAUACGCGUUCCAUUCACAAGUUACGCGACGUCCACGUCACAGCAAAGUUGGGAGUAACACAGCCGGUCCCAACUUCAGUUGCGUUGCCGAAUUUUUUAUUUCGUGAAGUGAUCAUUUGUGUAUCGACAAUGAAAGCGUUUUUGUAUAUUCUGGCUGUUGUAUUCGCUGGUGACUGCGUCAAUUCGCUGUUUUUGCCGGGCAGAGACUAUGGCCAGAGGAGUUCGGCAUCAGCGCUGUCAAGAUUUUCCAGAAUAAGGCGCCUGCCACGACCAACGCACCGGGUCAUAAAUCCCGAAGAAGAUUGCUUCUUGGUGACGUCAGAGGAAGGGGAGCUAUUUUUUAAGUCGCCGUCCGAUGAUCCCGUUGUAUGCGGCAUCUACAUGAUAGCUGAGCCAGACAAGAGGAUCGAAGUCAUCUUCAACUACAUCGAUGUUCCUUGUGAGAACGGAGGACUGGUCGCGUGGGUGGACGGCUGGGAGCUGAAUGGACAAGUGUGGCCAGCAGACGCGUGGAACGACGACCGACUGGUAGAGUCCUGCGACCGCCGACCCAGUCGCAAGCUGGUGUCGUCACAGAACGCAGCCCUCGUGCAGUACAGAGUGCCUGCCAGGGGAAAAGGCUUUUCAGUCAUUAUAAGACACUUGAAGAAUACUAAGCCAUGUAACGUGAUGCUGUUUGGAGCGGAGGGCGUGUACACGCUGCGGAACCACGGCGAGACCGGCAACUGUUCCAUGCUGGCCGUCUCCCCGGCCACCGUCCACGUGCUGGACCUGAACAUCGGCGUCGCCAUCAAGAAGGGACGCCUCCUCGAGAUGGAGACGGGAACUAUACAUCAUUGCACAAAGCGCGGCUUGUCUGAUUAUGUGGACAUUGGGGGCGCCAACGGACUCGAUCAUACUAAAAUGGAAGUGUACGACAGUGUAUGCGGACUUGACUCCAAUGAAGCUCGACGUCCUGCGUUCAUCGCUUGUGAGGACACAGUCGUCCGGCUAGUAUCCAGUGGGAGGUACCACAACUCUGUCACCCUAGCCUUUGCCCCCCUCCCCCUCGAGGACAUCGAACACGCUGACCUGAUGUGCGGACUAAAUGACCUGUAAAUGAUACCACCUGCUACACAACACAGCCUCUCGACCUCGGCUUCAGGGAUGACAAUUGAAUGCAAUUUAUUUAUUAAACCGUUUUUCGUAAUGAAAGGAACUGUGUUAAUUGUUUUCAAUUCGAAUUAAAGUAGAUGGCAUAGUUACCAAAAAUAAUGUUAUCAAAAACUAUACUAAUAUAUCGUUAUGGAUCAGUAGUUAAUCUGUAUUAGAAGAUAUAAGUACUAGGUAUUAGAGUUAUCGAUUGAUCAUCAAAGGUUUUCGCCAAAAUAGGCUUAAGUGUGAGACGCUAUUCUUAUCAAACAAAUCUCUGUAAAGGGGAAGUUGCACUUCACGUGGGCGACAGAUUUCGAAAGCUCUAUCGGAACGCGCGUUCGCUUAAAAUGCAGGGAUCAAAGAGUUUGGUACUCCCUAAUGCACAGUAGACGAGUAAAGUGUAACUUGCCCUUAAUUGCUCGAACAGCGUCGUUUAAGACAUUAGGUUAACAAGUAGAUUACAUCACAUUCUAAUGUAGUAAGACACUAAAUUGGUAAUAAGUUUUCCAUAAUGUUACGUAGUUUGUGUAUCUAUAAAUGUUAUUGACCUAAAAAGGAGUUUAUUACCAAAUUCAGUAUCACUAUCUAGUCAUGCAUUAAGAUGAAUGCGUUAAAUGUUAACGCUAUAGCUAUUUGUCAAUAAAUAAAUGUACAUCUUGAAAGGUU